UACGUACUUAUGCCAUUGUCUAACAUUUUGUAUUUUUUUAGGGCCCACCACAACCCGGACAGCCAUUUAAAUUCACCGUAGGAGAAUCUUGCGAUAGAAUUAAAGAAGAGUUUAAUUUCCUUCAAGCGCAGUAUCACAAUUUAAAAUUGGAGUGCGAGAAACUAGCCAGUGAAAAAAUUGAAAUACAGAGACAUUACGUUAUGUACUACGAAAUGUCGUACGGACUCAACGUUGAAAUGCACAAACAGAGAAGUUCGAUAUCCCCCGCAGAACGAGAGAAAUACAGACCACGAACUUCCCCCGAACCAGAUCAUAAGAAAAUAAAAAAGGAAGAAAAGGAUUUAGGACACGUAAGUAUUAAACACAGUGAUGGCGAGAAAAGUGAUCAAGAUUUGGUGGUAGAUGAUGCAUCGGAAGAUCCCGUAUCGCCACCUAAUGGGACAAGUUCACCAAGAGAAAAUGGUAUUGACAAACUAACGGUAAAAAAAGACCACCCCGGUCCUCAUAGUCCCAGAUCGGGAACGUCCAGUAAUGCCUCUACUCCAUCCACUAAAAAACUAGAUGGGGAUAAACCAUCAACCCCAAUAUCUAAAUCAAUUACACCAACCUCUGGAGUUCCAUCGGGAUCGUCGUCCAGUGGUAGUGGACUAAAACCUGUGGUGAAACCGCCGAGUUUAGGCCAAUACCCACCAUACCUUGGUGGUAUGCCCAAUGGUGCUGCUCAUGAUUUGCAAGCGGCCGCGAGCGCGUAUGGACCUUUGCACAACAAUUUACCUCCCACCCUCAACAACUACCCGCGGCCCCCUCUGCAGGUGGGUUACGACCCUCAUUCACAAAUGAGGGCACCUGUAGUGCCAGGAUUAGGUGGAAUACCAGGCGGAAAACCUGCUUAUUCCUUUCAUGUAAGUGCCGAUGGCCAAAUGCAGCCGGUUCCUUUUCCGCCAGAUGCUUUAGUGGGGCCUGGGAUUCCAAGGCAUGCACGUCAAAUCAACACACUAAGCCACGGAGAAGUAGUUUGCGCAGUAACAAUUUCCAAUCCGACUAAAUACGUUUAUACGGGAGGGAAGGGAUGCGUAAAGGUUUGGGAUAUAAGUCAGCCGGGUUCAAAAAGUCCAGUUUCACAACUUGAUUGCCUGCAAAGGGAUAACUACAUCCGUUCGGUCAAGUUGUUGCCGGAUGGAAGAACGCUAAUUGUGGGAGGAGAAGCUAGUAAUCUGUCUAUAUGGGAUUUGGCUAGUCCUACGCCUAGAAUCAAAGCCGAACUAACCUCCAGCGCACCGGCAUGCUACGCUCUCGCGAUUAGCCCCGAUUCAAAAGUUUGCUUUAGUUGUUGUUCAGAUGGAAACAUUGCGGUAUGGGAUCUACACAAUCAAACUCUCGUUAGACAGUUUCAAGGACACACGGACGGCGCUUCGUGUAUCGAUAUAUCUGCGGACGGUACAAAAUUAUGGACGGGAGGCUUGGACAAUACCGUACGAAGUUGGGAUUUAAGAGAAGGGAGGCAGUUGCAACAGCACGAUUUCAGUUCGCAAAUAUUUUCUCUUGGCUAUUGUCCUACAGGCGAAUGGUUGGCUGUCGGCAUGGAAAAUUCAAAUGUUGAAGUUUUACACGCAUCUAAACCUGAUAAGUACCAGCUGCACUUGCACGAAAGUUGCGUGCUUAGUUUACGAUUUGCCUCAUGUGGAAAAUGGUUUGUCUCAACAGGGAAGGAUAAUUUACUCAAUGCCUGGAGAACGCCAUAUGGGGCCAGCAUAUUUCAGUCUAAGGAGUCUUCAAGCGUGCUUAGUUGUGACAUAUCAACUGAUGAUAAGUAUAUUGUGACAGGAUCUGGCGAUAAGAAAGCAACAGUGUAUGAAGUCAUUUACUAAUGUUAAUUUGAGGUAGUUACAUUUAUUUAAAUACUCAUCAAUUUGUAAAUAUAAAAUUAAGAUGUAGAUAUACUGACAGAGUCGAUUCCUCUGCUACUGACAUUUUUUCUAAAUUUAGUGGCUGCUUUUUCAUAGGUCAAUCGCACUUAAUGUAUCAUAAAAACGACUCUGUUAUAAAAUGUGAUAAUUAAAACAAUGGAGUUAUUACCCAUUAGCCAGUUACUAUAAAAUUUGUACUUUAUUGAUCUCUUAAUGAUAUACUUUUAGUGUUUCUAUUUGUACAAAAUUGUGUUCUAUGAUUAGUACUUGUACAUAAAAUUAGCGACUUAAUUUUUUAUUAACUGAAUUAGAAUGUUGAUUGUAUUUAUUAACUUCAAUUUGUUUAUUACCUUGAUUCUUUUAUUAAUUGUUGUUUACAAAACGAUUUUUUACAAAUACUUAUAGCUACAUCAUCUGGAAAUAUGUGUUCUAUUAUAGAAUAUUUGCUACAACUGUAGGGGUGUGUACAUUUUCGGCAUGUAUUAGUAAAAAAUUGUUUCGUCUUAUUAGGCAAAAACAAUGUCUUACUAUAAAUGUGACUGUGUACGAAGUGGAUAGAAUGCAGUACUUAGGAAAUUUAUAUGAACAUUUAUCUAAGGGGAAAUCCUUUCAUUUUAUAGCUUUGUAUUUGUGCUACAGCAUGUACUUACAAGAAGUUACAUGUAUGUAAAUGUGAAUACCCCUUAUAUGAUAAUAAUUCUUAAAAUACACAUUUUACGUUAUACUCCUGUGUACAUAUAUUAAACUUUUAUAUUAUUGUUUUUAUA